AACAAUUCAGCCAAUUCCACAGGAACCACCAGAAUUUUGAUUGUUUUAUCACUUAUUUUAUUCCUCAACUCUCUGUAAAUCGCUUCUCCUUCUCUCAUCAAAUUAAGCUAUGGCAAGCACCAGUUGCCCAACAAUACUAUUACCAUUCUCAAAAGUUGAUUUUCCUAUUCAAAGAGCCACAAAAUUUGCUCCGUCGAUCAAUAUUGGUAAAACCCAUCUUCAAAAACUUUCCAUUUCCAGAUUUUCACGCUUUCGACCAAAUGGGUUUGUCGUCUUUUCUCGUUUGAAUGAUUAUUCAGUCGAUGAUUCAUCUCGGGACACUCUGAAAAACAGCCCAGAACUUGGGGUUCAGAGCUGCACAUGGAACUGGCGGGGUUAUUCGAUUCGCUAUCAGUGUGCGGGGAACAGUGGCCCUGCAUUGGUUCUAGUUCAUGGUUUUGGAGCAAACAGUGAUCAUUGGAGGAAAAAUGUUCCAGUUCUUGCAAAAUCUCAUAGGGUAUACUCAAUUGAUCUUAUUGGUUAUGGCUACUCAGACAAACCAAAUCCUCGCAAUUUUGGAGCUGAUUACUUCUAUACAUUCGAGACGUGGGCCACCCAGCUAAACGAUUUCUGUACUGAUGUGGUCAAAGAUGAAGCGUUCUUUAUAUGCAAUUCCAUUGGAGGACUUGUUGGCCUUCAGGCAGCAGUUAUGGAGCCACAGAUCUGUAAGGGCAUCAUGCUUCUAAAUAUCUCUCUUCGUAUGCUUCAUAUCAAGAAGCAGCCUUGGUAUGGAAAACCGGUUAUCAGAUCAUUCCAGAAUUUGCUCAGGAACACCGCUAUGGGCAGAUUCUUCUACAGAAGUGUUGCCACACCAGAGUCUGUGAAGAGUAUUCUUUGCCAGUGUUACCAUGACACAUCACAGGUGACAGAGGAACUAGUUCAGAAGAUCCUUCUCCCUGGGCUGGAGCCUGGUGCAGUGGAUGUUUUUCUAGAGUUCAUUUGUUACUCAGGGGGCCCUCUUCCUGAGGAACUUUUACCUCAAGUAAAGUGCCCUGUUUUGAUAGCAUGGGGUGACAAGGAUCCAUGGGAGCCCAUUGAGCUUGGAAGAGCCUAUGGGAAAUUUGAUUCUGUUGAAGAUUUCAUUGUCCUUCCUGAUGUUGGCCACUGCCCUCAGGAUGAAGCACCUAAUCUUGUGAACCCGCUUGUUGAGUCAUUUGUAGCGCGCCAUGCCUCACCUAAAGCUAGUGUUUCUGUAUGAAGUUCAUCUGAUCCCUUGUCAGAUUGAUCCACUGCUAUUCAUUGGCGCUUCAAGAUGUCCAUUUCUCAACACUGCUGCUGAUCAGACCACUUCUUAUACAAACAUUGAUCCAUUUCAAAGUUGAUUGAAGUCUUAGAAGGCAGAGGCUCACAACAUUACCACUGAAGCCAGCAUACUUUAAAGUGAAUACAGCAUUUCAUACCGAUUCCUGGAAAGCUAAAGCUCACACCAGCAGUACAUUUUCGAACAAUCUUUUAGCCCCAUCUUGUUUGUUCUACACCGUUCUUGUAUAAUAAACAAAGCUUAAACCAACACUAAUCUGGGUGUUAGGCCUGUUUAACUUUCUCGGUUUGGAAUUAAGUAGACUGACAAGCACUUGGUUGUUGUAACAGUCUUGAACAAAUUUUCCUCUGCAUCAUUAUGUUGGAUAAGAUUUUGGAUUUGUUUGUCCCAUCUUUA